UGUAGACGGGAGAUCUAUUUUACCCUCGAAAAUAAUAACAACACGUAACAGUUUAAACUUUUUGACUACAGCCUCUUGUCCAAACGGGAUAUUGUCUAUUUCCGGUUUGAUUGUUAACGAAGUGACUUGGUAAAUAUUGCCAUAGUCCAUAACUAAGUUUUCAACAACAACAAAUCUGAAUUGAUGAGGUAAACUACAAUGGACAUUUUUAAUUUUUUAACGGAUGAGCAGUUACUGCGGUUUUUCCGCUGUAGUAGAGCAGAGAUGUUAUGCAUGGAGCAACCACACACCUUCCUUAAUCAGGUCCGAGACCACCACCUCAUUCCGGAGGAAAUGUAUAAGCAGGCUGUGAACUCUGCAAACAACGUUUCCGCUCUGAGAAUGAUAAAGGGCGUGUACAAGGUGCUGGACUGGCUGGAGACAGAGAGACCUCACAGCAUUAAGUUGUUCUGGAGCUGUGUAUUCAGGGACCACCUCCUUCAGCAGUACCCCACGCUACGAAACAGCCUGCUGGAUGGGUCGUUCACCUUCAACACAAAACUGCCAGAGAACUUGAAGAAAGAAGAGGAGGAGAAAGAGGAGAAGGGGAGGAAGGUGGAGGGGGAAGAGAAGGAGGAGGAAAAGAAGACAGGACGGAAAAAGAGGAAACAGAAGAUAAGCGAGAGUGCUAAGAAGGAGGAACAGCCCAGCACAUCCACCCAGUCCACCCCCAGUCAGAAGAGGAUGGUCCAGAAGCCGACCUACGUGUCGGGUCGGAAGAGUACCCAUAAGUCACAGCGCUCGGUGGUCCCGGUGGAGCUCCCGAUCCCAGUUGAGCUCCUAGUGGAGCUCCCGGUCACCUGUGGGGACAAAGAGGGCAUGCUCAACAGGGACAAGCUGGCCAAAGGGGAAAGUUGCAUUUUGGUCCAGGGUCAUUGGUUAACCCCCAGUAGGUUUGAGGAGUUUGGGGGGAAGAAGAGCAGGAAGAACUGGAAGUACAGUGUCCGCUGUAGAGACACCACUCUGGGAAAACUGAUCCAGGAAGGUCAUUUAACUUCACCAGACUUUAAAAGAAGAAAGAGUGCACAGGCCAAGAAAGCACCGUUCCCCUCCAACCAAUCAGCAAACUCAAUCACAGACUCAAAACCUGAGGAAGAUGACGAUGAUGAUGCGUUUGAGGAUGAAGAAGAGGAAGCUGAGCAGGAAAGACAGAAGAUGCAGGGAGGAAAGCGGGCAAACACGGCUGGAGGAGAGAGCAGUGCAGGACGCAGCCAUGGUGUUGUGGAAAAGUCCGUCUUCAAAGUCACCUGUGUGGCCAUCAAUGGAACGCUACAUAAGGAUCGGUUUGCAUCUGGGUUGUGUGGGAAGAGCAUCCGAUCGGAGCAGCGCUGGAUGACCCCGGUGGAGUUUGUGCAGGAGGGGUCAGCUCUGGCAGAUCCCUCCUGGAAGAAAGACAUCCAUUGGGAUGGGAAACCACUCAGCGUCCUCAUCAAGAGUGGGCUUUUGGAAAUCCACUCCGUCCAGUGUCCAUGCAACCUGUGCAGCAUCACGACCAAAGACGUGCACGAUCAGGAUAACGAUGACGACUGCUUCAUCUGUAGAAGCCAGGGCAGCUUGAUAUGCUGUGAUGAGUGUCCUCGCUCCUUCCAUCAGAGAUGUCAUCUUCCUAAUGUGGAUGAUGCUAUGCUGGGGGAUAAUAUUCAGUGGAUGUGUACAUAUUGUGUACUGAGGACCAGUCAGCCGUGCCACUACCCCAAACAAAUGACCUACCAGGAAGCCUUGACCUGCCGAAUCUCUGACCACCUACUGGAAUGCCAGUACCUCCUGCUGUGUCUCUACCAUGCAGAUGAGGACCACAUCUUUGUGAAAGAUCCUUGCAUCAAUGUGAGAAACUACACCAGUGUGAUAAAGACUCCGAUCUGGCUGGACAGGGUUGUGGAGAAGCUGCAGCAGAAUCUCUACCAGUCAGUGCGACACUUUGAGUCUGACGUGUUGCUUAUCUUCACCAACUGUGCCACGUUCAACAGGGAUAACGCAGAGUUCCGUGGGAUGUGCGAAAGUUUGAAGGAUCUAUUUAAGCAGGAGUUCAAGUGUACAUUCAGCAUCCAACUGCAGCAUCUAACUACAUCCAACGUCCAGUAGAGCCUUCAUCAUGAAGUCUGCAACAUUAUUUUACUAUGAAACAACAGGGAAUACCCAAGAUGCCAUGAGAAAUACGCUUCAAAACAAGAUCAAUUAGUUAUUUAGUCAGCUAACUUUGAUGAGCAACCAGAAAUAACUACAGAAUUUCUGGUUCAUUAAGAAAGAUAACAUUUGAUACAUGUGUGUAUUUUCGGUUGUUGAGUCAAUUAGACCAUGCCCAUUUCAAGCUUUAAAGUGGGACUGAAUCGAACAACCAACCUCUCUCUUUGAAAAUGGCAUAUGUGACAUCGAUAUGUCAAACAUUUAUUCAAGUGCCUGACUAAAAAGUACAAUUAGGUCAAUUUUGGUCUUGGUAUAGUUCAAAACAGAGAUUUGUGGACAAGAGUUCAUCAGGAUGUAGCUGAAGGUUAGGUUUUGAUUUCGACAAUGUCAAUUUGUUCACUAACAGGCAAAUGCGGUUAUUACUAUCUAUCCAAUGGCACAGACAGUGAGACAGUCCUGCCCAGCAGCUCAGACUUUGUUUACAUAAAACAACAAGUCACACAUUUUUUUACUUGAUAAAUACUGCACCAAACACCCUAGUAGGAUGUAAAAUUGCGCAACUAAUACCUCCUUGGUUUCACACUCCAUCUUUCUUUAAAAUAAAAAGUUAUUUCAAUAUAUUUAGGCAAUUUAACCUAAUCUCACAGUUAAUGUGGGGAAUGGGGAUCAAUUUUUAUGAAGGGAAAUUAAUACACACGUACAUAAACAUUUACACACACUCACUUUGUUUGUAAUCAUGUUAUAGCCAACUCUUGACUUUUGUAUGAAUUCUUUUUAAUAAAAUAUU